AUGGCGAGUUUCUCAGACCCAGGACGGGACGAAAGGUUCAUCUACCUACAUGCAUUCAGCACGAUUCUUCUGAUUUGCAUUUGUUCCUCGGCCACCUUCACGCACUCAGCUGAGCCCACCGAACGCAUUAUCAAUUCUCCAGGCUACUUUGAUGAGCUCUCAGCAGCAGAGUACGAAACCGCGAUAAGCCGCGUCUGUAAUCACCUUCAACUGACCUCUCUAGGUGGUCGAGUGUUGAAAAACAGGAACAGCCGCAUCCUCCCAAACCCCAGAACCUGGGACGUCCUCCUAUUUCCCUCUCUGGUUCGGGUUGCCAUGGAGAUGCCCUCCAAGGCUGUUCGAGAAGCAGCCUUUGAGAAUCCCCUGGCAGCGCCUCGUGUCGCCCGUGUCGCCAUCCACUGGCCUGAAUCCAGGACGGUUCAGGAGGUCCUGGUGGAUCUGGGGAUUGAGGGG